AUGUAUGUGAAGCUGCGGGAUUUGCACAGUGCUGGGAAGCUGUUUGUCAAAAUGCCUGACAAGGACUGUGUUGUGUGGAACAUAAUGAUAUCUGCAUAUUCUCACAACGGGCACCCCGAGAAAUCUGUGCAGUUGUUGAGAGAGAUGUUGAAAUCUGGGACCAAAGCUGAUUUGUUCACGGCCUUGCCUGCUGCUUCCUCGAUUGGGCAGUUGAAAUCCUUGGGCUGGUGCAAAGAACUGCAUACUUACGUGACAAGAAACGAACUAGGUUACCAGGUAUCUGUUCAUAAUGCGCUCGUUGAUAUGUAUUGCGAUUGUGCUUGUUUGGACUACGCAAGGAAGGUAUUCGACUCAAUUAUAGAUAAAACAGUGGUCUCUUGGAGCACCCUGAUGAAGGGUUAUGUGAAACAUGAUCACUCUUUGGCAGCUUUAUCUCUCUUCUCUAAAAUGAACUCGGUAGGACCGCAAGUUGAUUUUAUAGCCAUCAUUAACAUCUUGCCUGCCUGUGUGAACACUGGAGCACUAGAGCAAGUGAAAUCCCUUCAUGGCUACUCAGUUAAACUUGGUCUAAACCUUUUAUCAGCUCUAAACACGGCUCUACUCACCAGCUAUGCAAAAUGUGGAUCCAUGGAUAUGGCUAGGAAGAUCUUCUUCAUCGAGGAAAAGUUCGAUAGAGACAUAAUCAUUUGGAAUUCGAUGAUUAGCUCACAUGCCAAGCACGGAGACUGGUCUCAGUGUUUUGAGUUGUACAAGCAAAUGAAGCAUUCAAAUUUAAAACCAGAUGAGUUCACGUUUCUGAGUCUACUAACAUCUUGUGUGAAUUCAGGUCUGGUUGAGGAAGGACGGGCAUUGUUCAAGGAGAUGACUGAAACCUACAAGCAAAGUCCCAGCCAAGAGCAUUAUGCUUGCAUGGUGGAUUUGUUAGGGCGUGCAGGCCUUGUGAAUGAAGCUAAGGAGCUUGUGGAGAGCAUGGCGUUCAAACCGGAUGCACGGAUUUGGGGUCCGCUGUUAAGUGCCUGUAAGUUGCACCCCAAUACUACUGAACUGGCAGAGUUUGCAGCUGAGAAUCUCAUAAUUGCAGAGCCAAGAAAUGCUGGCAACUACAUACUUCUCUCCAACAUAUAUGCCGCUGCAGGGGAGUGGGAUGGAGUUGCUAAGAUGAGGAGUUUCCUUAGGGAUAAAGGGCUGAAGAAAACUCCUGGAUGUAGCUGGGUUGAGAUCAAUGGUCAGUCCCAUGAGUUUCGGGUUGCUGACCGGUCUCACCCAAAGGCUGAUUCCAUAUAUGGGACACUGAGCUCUCUGGAGCUAGAAAUCAAAGCUGCCAGAGACGAGUUUGGGAGGGAAGCAAAAGGCCUAGCUGUGGAUUCUGAUCUUUUCUGGUGA